GCUGUCUCUGAUAAGCAUAUGAAGCUUAAUUCUUUCUUUUUUUUUUUCUUUUUUUUUAUUUAUUAUUUAUUGACAAUAUGGAACACGCAACUAGUAGUGAGUGUCGUACUAUUGUUAUGGAGUAUCUGCUUCAUUACAGUUACAAAAAUUCGGCAAAGGCGCUUUUAAAAGACUUGAAUCAAUUCGACGAUGGGGACUCGAGAGAAAAGUCGAAAAGUAUACUAUUUGAGAAUGAUAUCGAUUGGGGUAAAGUGGAUGCACGAAAAGAGAUUCACCAGGCCAUUGUACAAGGUGAGAUUGAUGUUGCGUUUAGGUUGCUAGAAGUGCAUUUUCCGGUAUUGCUGCAGUCGGUGUAUGAAGGGAAAACGAGUGGGGCUCAUUUUACGCUACACAAGUUGCGGUGUCAAGAAUUUGUGGAAAAGGUGAAAAAGGAAGGGGAAAUGAAGGCGAUAGCAUUUGCACAGGCAUAUUUGCAGCCUUCUCAUGCAGUGUAUCGUGAGAUCACGGACGCUGUGACCUGUUUAUUAGCAUACACUGAUUAUGAUCAGAACCCAAAGACGCGAGAUAUUACAGGUCAAGGGAGAAGAGAUACGAUAGCAAAUCAAGUGAAUGAAAUGAUUUUAGAAUCACAACAGUUCUCAUCGCAAACGAUCAUGGAAAAACUGUGGCGGCAUAAGACAGUAGUACGAAACGAAUUGAAUCAUCAAAUCCAGUUGGAGUUAUCCGAACAUGAAAAAGAAUUUGACAUGCUUGAAAAAGAGAUUGCGCAAUAAGUGAGGACUUUUUUCUUUCGAUAUUGAAUGAUUUUUUAUUAAAACAUCAAAAAAUCA